AAGACUGGACUGGAGAUCGUAACCCUCGUCUUCAGACAAAAUGGGUAAACCGAAAAAGAGCAAACGCCAGAAGGCUAUGAGACAGAAGCAGUUACAAUACCAGGAAGAUUCCUAUGCCAAGGCUCCUCAUUCUUUUGUGUUUAAUAGGGGACAUGUUGGUAAAAAUAUCUUACAUCUGAUCAAGGACUUACGUCGUGUGAUGGAACCAUUCACAGCAAGAAAUCUCAAGGCAAGAAAGAAGAAUGCCCUGAAAGAUUUUGUGAAUGUUGCUGGAGUGUUAAAUGUCACACAUUUCCUGAUGUUCAGCAAAACCGAAAUAGCAACCAAUUUGCGGGUGGUGCGAAUCCCAAGGGGCCCGACUAUAACAUUCAAGAUUCACAAGUACUGCCUGUGUAGGGAUGUCAUUUCUUCUUUACGGAAGCCAAACUUGGAACAGAAACAAUUCCAGUAUCACCCUUUGUUGGUGAUGAAUAAUUUCAGCGGUGAUGAAAUGCACACCAAACUACUCUCUUCAAUGUUCCAGAAUAUGUUUCCAUCUAUUAAUGUCAAUAAGGUGGACUUGAAUAACAUAAGGAGAUGUGUGCUGCUGAGUUAUGACCCAGAGACGAAACUUAUAGAAUUCAGACACUAUAAUAUAAAAGUUGUCCCAGUGGGUAUGACCAGAGGAGUGAAGAAGUUGAUCAAGACAACAGUUCCUGACAUGAGCAAGUUUGAGGACAUCAGUGAAUACAUCAAACAGGGAGGUAACUUGUCGGAGAGUGAAGCAGAACUGGAUGGGCCAGAUAAUGAGGUGGUUUUGCCUCAGAGAAUCAGUAGCCGAGGCAACAUUAAAGCUACAAAAAGUGCAAUCAGGAUGACAGAGCUUGGCCCGAGGUUGACCUUACAACUAGUGAAGAUAGAAGAUGGUCUGUGUGAUGGCAACAUCAUGUACCACGACUUUAUCAAGAAAACAGAUGAGGAACUACAGAAACAGAAGAAAAUGAGAGACAGUAAAAGGAAUUUAAAAGAAUUAAGAAAAAAGAUACAAAACGACAAUGUGAGAAAAAAGGAAGCUGCUAAAGAGGAGCACAAACAGAAAAGUUUGGCCGGGAUGAAGAAAGAAAACCAAGAUGAAGGAGAAGAUGAAGAGGAGAUUGAUGAUGCUGAUUACUACAAACAAGAAGUGGGAGUAGAACCAGAGCCAGAAUUAUUUUCUGGCACGAAUUCAAAACGUAAACACAGAUCAGAGUCAGAAGGACCUCCGAAAAAGAAAAUCCGGGAAAGCAAACCAUUGGAUGGAAACACAAAAAAGAAUGAAAGAACAGAUUCAAAAUUUGAUAAAAAUAGAAAUUUCAAAGUAAAGGACACGGAUAAAAAAAGUAAAGGGAAGUCUGGAUUUAACAAAAAAGGCAAAUUAUUUAAAGGACAGAAACGAACAGACAAAAAAUUCAAACAGAAGAGAUAGAAAGAGUUUUAUCCUGAGGGGGAAAAAGUAUGGUAACUAAAGGGGGAGUUCUUGUGAUCAUUAAACUGUCAAAUCAUUGUUGUCAGGUUGUGUUUUAAUGGUUCAUAUAAGUAACAACAGAUGCAUAACAGAUUCCAUGAAGAUGAAUAAAGGAAGUUGGAAGAUAAAACAAUUCCAACAAUCUGACAA